CCACGCGCAUGCGCCAGCACCGCGCCGCCAUUGGCGGCCUCCCCCCGCGCCCCGGCGUCCCCAGCAGGCCGCUCCCAGCAGGCAGUGCGCCGCGCCGAGGUCAAGAUGGCGGCCAGGGCAACGGUUUCAGGAGGUGGCCGCCUGAUGGACAGAAUUCGAAAGUGGUAUUAUAAUGCAGCUGGGUUCAACAAAUAUGGAUUAAUGCGAGAUGAUACAUUGUAUGAAGAUGAUGAUGUAAAAGAAGCACUGAAGAGACUUCCAGAGGAUCUUUACAAUGAAAGAAUGUUUCGCAUAAAGAGAGCACUUGAUUUAAGCUUGAAGCAUCGGAUCCUUCCAAAAGAACAGUGGGUAAAAUAUGAAGAGGAUAAGCCUUAUCUUGAACCAUACCUAAAAGAAGUAAUCCGUGAACGACUUGAAAGAGAAGCAUGGAACAAGAAAUAACUUGAACUACUUCAUGCAAAUAGCCACAUCUUUCUGAUAUUUCUAAAGUUUGGUUCAAGUCUUCAGGGAAGCACAUGUAAAGCUGAAGGAAUACUUGUUUCAGCUUGUUCAUUGAGUCUGUUCGUCCAACUAAAAUAAAUAUGUCAAAGUAUAAAAUCUCCUGGGAAGACUUCUUUAUGAAUGUUAGCAAGCUAAUGUUCAGAUCUUUCCUAUGAGCAUAUGCAUUACACAUUAGCUUAACAAUAUGUAGUCUUCAUUCCACCUUCUACAUUCUUACUUCUUUCACAGUACAGCUGUUUCCUGUAGUUGGAGGGUUAGGUAGGAAACACCCAGAAUUGCUGGUUAAGUUGUUAACUUAAAAAGGAGGUGCUACUUCCUUCAUCUCUUCUCCCUGGAGGUGAGAAUACAGGGCAAGUGCUUCAUGUUGUGUUGGUGUCGUGAGACAGCAGAAGUAACAGUCUGUGGAUAUAAGCAUGUACAUAUUACAGUAAUGACAAAUGGAAGUGGUUCCUUAACCAUAAAAUCAGGGAAUGUUUCUCUAGCUUUUUAUACUAUGUGUGUUGUUCAAGCAUAAAAAGAUAAUUUUCAUAUAAAUCUUCAUGUCUGUCUCACUUCAGCUUAUGAUAUUUUUGUAAAGGAUAGAAGUGCUAUGCUGAUGUGCUUUUUGCAGUAUAAUUAACUUCCCAUUUCUUUUUUUCUUGGCCUAGAGGAUGUUGUUUACAGUAAGUGGCAUCAAAUAUUUGAAACUAUUGUGCUAACAGGCUUAACAUUAGAGAUGUGUAUAAUUCAGGCUCUACGUAAACACAGAAGUGAUUCAGGUGUAUCUGGAAAUACUAGCCCUUGCUGGCUGAAGGCCUUGAGUUUAAUGGUAGUGUUAAUUUGGUGCCAGUUUUGUGUUAUUACACACAAAUUGCAAAAUUUGAGAUCUGUUAUACCCUUUGGUAUGAAGUACACAAUCUUGUGUGAUUACGUGAUAGUAACAAGAUACCUUUUUUGCUAUGUGUGCUUGUCUGACAAAUGCAAAUAUCCUUAGACUAAAAGCUAUAGAGCAGUUUAAAAAAAAGAGGAAAAAAAAAAAAGUACACAGAUACGGAGCAGACCAUGACUGUAACUUUGUAUUAGUAUGAUCACUAGAUUCCAUUUGAACUUCUAAUCCAAGAUUCCGGCUUCUAACUUUGCUCAUGACACCAACUGAUCUUUGUCUUCAUCCUUUCAUUGCGUGCAUCUGUAAAAUUACAGAAUCACAGAAUUGUGGGGGUUGGAAGGCAUCUCUAGGUAUCAUUGAGUCCAACCCCCCUAGGCAAUAGCAAAUUCCCUACAGCAGAUCACACAAUGUAGGUGUCCAGAUGGGUCUCGGAUAUCUCCAGAGAAGGAGACUCUACAACACAAUCUCCUAAAUGAAUACAGCUAUUCCUGGGUGAAAUAUUUAUCCCAGUACUUCACGCCUGACAUGGUAGAAACAAAAUGGUGUGAAAAUAUCACCAAUAUUCCGUAAAAAUUUUGCAAAUGGAUUACAUUAAGAACGUGAGGUUUCUUUCAUCUCCUAUCUUAAAACCUUAUCAUUGAAACGUAUCAUUUGAUAAUGCAUUUUUGAGAACUUAUUAAUAAAGAUGGUAUCUGUUUGAUCCUACUUUUGAA